CAGAUCUGGAGGAAAAACAGUCUGGGCACAAUGACAAAGGGAAACAGCACUGCAGUGAUUAAAGAGUUUGUAUUUGUAGGUUUAACACAUAAUCCCAAACUACAGGCCUUCCUCUUUCUAGUGUUCCUCACUUUUUAUAUCAUGAUUUUGGUGGGGAAUCUGGGAAUGAUUGCUGUAAUAAGGGCCAGUCCCUGUCUCCACACUCCAAUGUACUUCUUUCUGAGCAAUCUAUCUUUCUUGGAUGUGUGCUUUUCCUCUGUGGUUGCUUCUAAGUCCUUGGUGAAUCUCUUAGCAGACAGAAAGUCAAUUUCUUUCCUUGGGUGUGCAUUGCAAAUGUACUUAGUAAUAGGCCUGGGGAGCACCGAGUGCUUUCUCUUGGCGGCAAUGGCCUUUGAUCGCUAUACUGCCAUUUGCAAGCCGCUGCUGUAUGCACUUCUCCUGUCUCCCAGAGUCUGCACUCUGUUGGUGGUGGGGUCCUAUGUUCUCGGGCUUUUACAUGCUCUUGUUCAUACAGGCUUCACAUUCAAAGUGUCCUUCUGUCACUCAAAUACGAUCAAUCAUUUAUACUGUGACAUCACUGCGCUUUUAUCACUGUCCUGUUCUGAUAUCCACGUCAACGAACUCCUGAUUUUUUUUGUGGCGGGGCCCGUGGAGGCAAUCACCAUCCUGAGUGUUGUAAUUUCUUAUAUAUAUAUUCUAGCCAACAUUAUGAGGAUCAGCUCAGCCAGGGGCAGACUGAAAGCCUUCUCCACUUGCACCUCACACUUGAUUUCAGUCACCAUCUUUCAUGGGGCAAUUCUCAUUUUGCAUUUCCGACCACAGUCUAGCAAGGGAUCCCCCAUCCAAGAUGCAAGUGACAAAAUUCUCUCUGUGUUCUAUACAAUUGUCAUCCCUUUGUUGAACCCUUUGAUUUACACCCUGAGAAACAAGGAGGUGAAGGAUGCCCUUUGGGUUAUUCAAAGGAAGUUGUGUGCCAAAAGGAUUCACUAG